AUGCAUCACGGUUCAACGGUAUUGUUACAAGCAAAGUUACCAAAAUAUCGUCGACAUUUUGCAUUGUUAUUAGCUGCUGUUAACAUUGCUUCUAAAGAUAUUAUUGACAAUUAUGAUAUAAUAUUAGUCAAAGAAUUAUUACAUCAAUAUGUAAAAGAUUGGCAAAAGAUAUUUGGUCUUCGUCAUAUGUCAUCCAAUAUACAUUCACUUUUACAUAUUCAUGAAUCAAUACAAUUUCUAGGUCCUUUAUAUAUGUAUAGUGCUUUUAAUUUUGAAGAAGGUUUUUUAGUAAAAACUAUUAAAAAUAUUACAUUUUUUAUUAUUAAAAUGGAUAUAACCGAAAAUUUAGCAAAAUUUGCUAUAUGGUUAAUUCUUGGCGAACUACAAGGAUAUACAUACAAAGGUUUUCUUAUUGAAUAA